CACAAAGAUGCCUGUAAAAGAAUAUCCAUGUAGUGCUGCUUUUGUAAUAGCUGCCCCUACCCCCUAAAAAGGAGGUAAGUGGCAUGGCAUGAGUAGAGAAAUGUCUGUAUCUUCUGGUACACGUAUAAAGUACUUUUAAAUAAUGAGGUAGGCCUGAUGGUGAUAGGAGGAUUGUGAUAACUACAUGAGAUGAGAGAAACAAAGAAAGCUCCAGAACAAAUGAACUCAUUUUUGUAGAAACAAAAUUGUACUUACACACAUGUACAUAGAAAAGUACAUGAAUGGGUACAUGUCAAAACAUUAAUGGAGAUUACCCCUGGAGAGGAAUGGGAAAGGUGGGAAACAGACUCAGUUUUCGAUACAUGUUUCACAGCUAAAUAUUUUGAAAAAGAAGAGUGUAUCACUUAAAAGAAGGCUACAUCUUCCAGGACCUGGGCAGGGAGACACCCCAUCCAUGCCUUGACUAUAUGUAAGUUUUCCUGGGCCUUCUUCUCAGUGCCAAAUUUUGAAGCACAUAUCAGAGAACCCUGUGUCCAGGCUGGUCUCCUGGGUCCUGGCUAUUCUUCUGGGAUCAGCUGAGCUGCCAAGCCACAGGCACUAAUACUAAUAGUGGAAAUACUGCCUCGUGGGCCCCAUGCCCUGGAGAAGGCAGUGAGUCCAGCCAAUGACACACUCAGGAGACUGUGCCAAGGGAACCAUGGCAUUCAUGCAGGAGCACAAGCUCAGACCUUCCAAUGCCCUUCCUGGACGUGCUCUCCUGCCCAACAAGCAGAAGCACCCCCAGGAGUCAGGUUGUCCUGCCCUUCGACCCCUUCCUGAUGCCUUUCUUUCUUCUGUGCUGGGCACCUUCCUCUGUCUUCCCCGAGUGAUAACACGUGCUGCCUGAGGGAGGACGGAUGUGCCAGGCCCAGCCCGUUCCAGGCCAGCCAGGGUGUCACAGUAAGAUGGACAGUAUCAACUGGACUAGUGUAUCCCAUUUUGUUCUCUUGGGCAUUUCUACCCACCCAGAAGAACAGAUCCCACUCUUCCUUCUUUUUCUACUCAUGUACACAAUCAACAUUUCUGGCAACUUUGCCAUCAUCACACUGAUCAUCUCUACUCCACGCCUCCACACACCCAUGUACAUCUUCCUCAGUAACUUGGCCUUGGCAGACAUCUGCUUUACCUCUACCACAGUCCCCAAGAUGCUGCAGAACAUCUUCUCUCCUACAAAGACCAUUUCCUACACUGGCUGCUUAGCCCAGACUUAUUUUUUCAUAUGCUUUGCAGCCAUGGAAAACUUCCUCCUGGCGAUGAUGGCCUAUGACAGAUACGUGGCCAUCUGCCACCCUUUCCGCUACCCUACGAUUCUGACCAAAAUGCUGUGUUUGCAGAUGGUGGCUCUGUGCCAUAUCCUCUCCCAUCUUCAUGCCCUGCUGCACACCCUUCUCAUGGGCCGACUGAUCUUCUGUGCAGAUAACAGGAUCCCUCACUUCUUCUGUGACCUCUACCCUCUGAUGAAGUUAUCCUGCACCAGCACUCACCUCAACACCCUGAUGAUUCACACAGAAGGUGUUAUUGUCAUCAGUGGGGCUCUGGCCUUCAUCAUUGCCUCCUAUGCCUGCAUCAUCUCAGUGGUCCUCCGGAGCCCCUCAGCCAAGGGCAAGGGGAGGGCCUUUUCUACCUGUGGCUCCCACCUCAUUGUGGUGGCUCUCUUCUAUGGCACCCUCACAUGUGUCUACUUCCAGCCUCUUUCCAGCUAUUCAGUGGCCAAGGGUCGAAUCCUGACAGUCAUGCACACAGUGGUGACCCCCAUGCUGAACCCCUUCAUUUACAGCCUGAGAAAUGGGGAUGUCAAAGGAGCCUUCAGGAAAUGGAGGAGCAGAAUGUGGAUUUCUUUCUUUAGAUAAAACUCCAAAACAGAGUUCCAAGUUUUAUCUGUGAUUCUGGGGAGACAGUUUUGUCCCUCACAUAUGUUUACCUUAAAACUUCCCAGAAAUAUCUAAAUUAAGUACAUAUCACAGAUUUUUCUCAUUGGAUAUUGUCCUGAGAUAUCCCUUCAAUGCAAAGCACAUGAAACUAUGUAUUUAAUAUAAAACAUUAGCAUGGCUUUGAUUAUAACAGGUUGUUUUCUGGAUCUGCCAUUAAACACCAGGGCUCUAACUCUCAGAGUCAGUCAGAUGCAGGGGACAAAAACCAAUUCUCAUUGAUUCAUGAAGGAAAUGUUUAUUGAAAGUAUAUAUGGAUUUUCCAAGAGGACUAAGCAACUAAGCUCAAUAAAAUGGGAAAGAACCACAGUCAAAAUCAUAUAGCAGAAUUGGUCUGAAGAGUUCACUGCUAUAGUCACCAAACUCUGUUCACUGCCACUUGUAUCCUCACCAACAAGAGUUAUCAGCAAUAGUCACUGGAUAUAGCCCUUGGAGGCCUGAACCAGAAGUGACUACCUCUAGAAAAAGCUGCCCAGUUCUUAUUCUUUGCACCACCACACCUAGAUUCAAAAUAAGGUGGUAUAUGUGACUGGCCAAAUUGUGGUCCCUUGCUCAUGCUCUAGUUAAUAGGGAAACUAGGAGAAGAAUAUAGUUGCUUUUACCUUCUACAAGAUAGAGGUAGGUUCUGUCUUCCACCAUAAAUGAAAUGAGGAAAUAUUACAACUUGGGGAAAGGGACAUAACGACAAAUGUCCAAUGAAUAAGGUCAGGAGUUACAGAUGUUGCACAGUUAAGCUCUGUCACAGUUCUCCGGCCAGCGUUUUCUUAAAUUCACUAGCAGUACCAUUCCGGAAUAACUUACACUCCUUUGUCUCAGCACACUCCUGAUCUUUUCUAUAGUCAACAGUACAGAACUUGUCUCUUUUACUGGGUGUUUGUCUGCAGGCCGAUCGAUGCUGCUGCACAUGCAGAAAAGGUCCAAGAGCCAUGAUGUUUAUUAAAAUGUCAAUUCUUCAGUUUUAUGGUGUAGGAUCAAAAGAAAAAGGUGAGAGGGGCCUCCCAGGACAUGGGGCAGAAGGUGGUUGAUUUUAGUCCAUUUGUCUGGAUAAAGUUUCUAUUUUAAGAUAUAAGUGAUUAUGGCACUGAGUUGAAAAGGAGCUAAAAUUGUGGUAAUUUCACUUACCUAAUAAAUUAAAGUUUCUUGUAAUGUCUACAGGGUUUGGCAAAAGUAGAUUUACUGUUUUGAGUAUGUGAAACACAGUUUAUUAUUGUAUUACUA